AGGUUUAUAGUGGUUUAUAAGAAGAUAGAGUGGAGAUAGAGGUAGAAUGGUAGAAGCAGGUUAAGGUAACAGGAUGUUUGCCUUUCUACUACUGAGAGAAUAGAUAAAACCUUUCUAUUUGUAUGAAGUUUCUAAUUCAUUGUCCUUAUCUGUACUUUUCAGUUGAAUGAGACUUACUAAUUUCAUCUUCACUAUCUGCAGAUAUUGGCUAUCUGUUGGUGCACAAGCCUCGGAACCUGUGCAGCGCAUUCUUUUCAGAGCAGGGUUACUGCCGCCACCACCCAUGAUGGCAAUGGGACGUAAAGGUGGACCACGUGACACACGUCCUGUUGAUCCGAUGACUGGCCGUGUCUUGACUCCAGAGAAGCAAGCUAGUGCUGACCAGCCUAAAGCCUCUGAAGGGGGAGGGGGGUUCCCGGGGUAUCAAGAGUCCAUAUAUCUACUUGGAUAUCCUCCAGAGAAGCAGUUUGGUCUUGCUUAAUUCUGAAGAAUAACUCUCAAUCUUUCUUGGGAGGACAGCACUUUAUGUGGUGAAAUUGGCACUUAAUUCCACCACACCAUACAGGGAUGUCAAGUGUUAUGUAAUAGCUGUACUGUCAAAUGUUCUUGAAGAAAAUUCCGGAAUUGAAUGUUUUGGGGAGGCUGCUGUAUUAAAUUUUGGAUCUUUCUCAGAUUAUGCUUUAUCUAGAUAUAGUUGAGAUUUGUGUCU